AUAUUUAUGCAUUAUUUGCAUAUUGCCAUAGUAACUAUUAUUUUUUAAUAAGAUAUAAAAACCCUGAUAAAAAGUUAGGCUAACGAUCAAACGUGCAUAUAGCUUUGCUGCAUCACUAUAGGUGAUAUUAAACGCAGUUAGUACAGACUGGUACAAACACACGAGUGACUUUGUUUAAUAUUUAUUAUUCUGAUAUAUUAAAGUUAUUGCAUUAUGAAGAUCGAAGAAGUUAAAAGUACUGCAAAAACACAGAGAAUUUCUGCCCAUACGCAUAUUAAAGGUUUAGGUCUUGACGAAAAUGGUAUAGCAAUUCAAUCUGCUGCUGGUCUUGUCGGCCAAGAAUUGGCUCGUGAGGCAGCUGGAAUUGUAGUUGAUAUGAUUAAAUCCAAAAAAAUGGCUGGUCGUGCAGUUUUGUUAGCGGGUCCUCCUGGUACCGGUAAAACUGCAAUUGCUUUGGCUAUUGCUCAAGAGCUUGGUAACAAAGUACCAUUUUGCCCAAUGGUAGGAUCUGAAGUUUAUAGUUCAGAGAUUAAAAAGACAGAAGUACUAAUGGAAAAUUUUCGAAGAGCUAUUGGUUUAAGAAUUAAAGAGACUAAAGAAGUAUACGAAGGGGAAGUUACUGAAUUAACACCUAUAGAAACCGAAAAUCCUAUGGGUGGUUAUGGGAAAACAGUAUCUCAUGUUGUUAUCGGUUUGAAAACAGCUAAGGGAACUAAACAAUUAAAACUUGAUCCUUCCAUAUAUGAAUCUCUAUUAAAGGAGAAAGUAGAAACUGGAGAUGUAAUUUACAUCGAAGUUAAUAGUGGUGCUGUAAAGAGACAAGGGAGAAGCGAUAAUUUUGCGACUGAAUUUGAUUUGGAAGCCGAAGAAUAUGUUCCAUUGCCGAAAGGAGAUGUGCAUAAAAAGAAAGAAGUCAUUCAAGAUGUAACUUUACACGAUUUAGAUGUUGCAAAUUCUAAGCCACAGGGAGGACAAGAUAUAAUGUCGAUGAUGGGACAGCUUAUGAAACCAAAGAAAACAGAGAUUACAGAUAAACUGCGAAAAGAAAUAAAUAAAGUAGUAAACAGAUUUAUUGAUCAAGGAAUUGCUGAAUUAGUACCGGGAGUAUUAUUUAUAGAUGAAGUGCAUAUGUUAGAUAUUGAAACAUUUACUUAUCUUCACCGUGCCUUAGAAAGUGCUAUAGCACCUAUUGUUAUAUUUGCAACAAAUCGUGGUCGUUGUGAGAUUAGAGGAACCGAAGAUAUAAUAUCUCCCCAUGGAAUACCUCUAGAUUUAUUGGAUCGAUUGCUUAUUAUACGCACGUUACCUUAUUCAAGAGAAGAAAUUGAAGAAAUUGUCAAAUUACGAGCAACUACCGAAGGAUUACAAAUAGAGGACGACGCGUUAACUACUCUUAGCGAGUUGGGGACAAGAACAACCCUACGAUACGUGGUGCAGCUUUUAACUCCAGCAGCAUUAACGGCUAAAAUUAAUGAGCGUACAAUUAUUAAAAGGGAAGAUGUAGAGGAAGUAGGCACAUUAUUUUUGGAUGCAAAAUCAUCUGCUAAGAUCCUAACACAAAAUAAAGAUAAAUUUAUGAAGUAAAU